CUUUUAAUAAUAAUAAAUAUUAUAAACUAAAUAUAACAUCAAAAUGACAAUCGGUCUAAUCUCGGAUUGUCUUGGAGAAAUUUUUAAGUGCUUUCCUGAUGAUAAUAACUCAUUAUAUCAUUGUAUGUUGGUUAAUAGAAUGUGGUGUGAAAGUGCCGUGCAAAUUCUAUGGAAAGAUCCUUUGGCGAUGCUAAUAAAGAAGACGGAUGCAUUAAGUCUAUAUGAUAAUAAUGUUGAAACCGAAACAGAAGAAAGGGAACAAGCAUUAGGAUUAUUAUGUGCAUUUAUUAACCAAUUACCUGAAGAAUCACGUUCUUUAUUAAUUCGAAAUGGAGUAAAAUUACCAAAAAGUAAUACCAAAAAACCUAUGUUUAAUUAUUUAGAAUUUAUUAAUACUUUUGAUAUAGUAAGAUUUAGUUUAGCUGUAUCAUUUUGGUUAUUCCGUAGUGGAAAACAUAGUGGUAAAACUAGAUUUCAAUGUUAUCUUAUGGAACAAGAAAUGUAUAGAGUUAUCGUUAAUAAGUGUCCUCAUAUCACAAAAAUUCGUUGCGUUGAAGAUUUAAUGGAUAUGGAUUCUGAGCAAUUACCAGUAUUUAAUUUCACUUAUUUACUUACUACUCCUAAUAAUUUAUUUUCAAAUAUUCGAGAAUUUGAAUGUUCGGCAGGUUUUACGACCGAUCAACUUUUUUUCGUAUUUUCUCAAUUAAUAACAAAUUUGGAUACCCUUAAAAUUCAAUCCGCACCAGAAUAUUUUGAUGGUUGUAAUGGUUUAUCAGAAUUCAUUAAAACUCAACAAUCUUUACGUCGUGUAGAAUUUAUUUGUAAUGAUAAAGAUGAUGAUGAUUUACAAUAUGAAUGUAAAGAAAUUGGUAAAGCGUUAGAAAAACAAGUUAAAUCUUUAACUAAAUUAAGGAUUUUUGGUUUUCAAGGCGUUCCAUUCGACACUUUUCGAAAUUGUGAAAAUUUAGAAGAAUUAUCUUUAUGUUUCGUUGAUGAUAUGCCUCAUGAUAUAGAAGAAAAGUUAACAAUGUAUAAAUUUAGAAAACUUACAAAAUUAUAUAUCAAAGCAACUUCAUUAGAUUUAAGUAAAAUAUCAAAAUUUAUUAGACACAAUGGUGGGAAAUUAACUGAUAUUAAAUUAGAAAUAGAAAAUAAUGUUGAUAAUGAACAAUCUGGUUUAAUAUUAGAAGCUGUGGCAAAUAAUUGUCCAAAUAUAAUCUCAUUCCAAAGUUCUAUCGAUCCAGCAAAUCAAUCACAAUUAAUGAAUUUCUGUAAACGUUGCAAAAAAUUAGUUAAUCUUCGUCUUAAUUUCGUUGAGGAAAAAUUUGAUGCGUGUGAUACUUAUGACGUUCUCAACAUACUUGGAGAAUAUGCUCCACGUAAUAUAUUUAAUUUCAUAAUAGAAGGUGAUUGGGAAUUAUUAAAAUGUACUUUGGAAAACUUUUUGAAACAACGACAAUCUGUCGCUCCUUUUAGAGUUAUCUAUAUUGGUAUUAUAGGUCGUCUUAAAAGAAGUGAUGAUUGUGAUUCUUUUGAUGUAGAUAAUUUUGAUUCUGAUUAUGAAGGUUCAGAUUAUUCGGAUUCUCAAUAUGGUUAUCAAAGAAAUUUCAAUGAUUUGGAUUUUUAUCAUCAUGAAAGGUUUAAAGAUUCAAACUCCGAACUUGAUUUUGUUAGUAAAUCAUGUGAUUAUUAUGAUGAUUGGGAUGAUAUGAAUUCUCUAACAAAGUAUAUUGAAGAAGGAAUAUUGGAAAUUCGUUCUCCUUUAUUGAAGGAUUCGGAAUUCUGGUUUUAAAUUUGGAUUUAACCUUUUU